AUGGCGCGCUAUAACGGCGAUGAUCGACUCAAUCAGGGCUGGCCCAUUGGUGAUAAGGGAUACCUCCGUUACCUCCAGUACCGUUCGGCCGCCAGCAUCGGCGUUAUCUUUUAUACCCACGACCAUACCAAUCUUGUUACAUCCGAAGAUGCUUAUAUCCAUGGACUUCGGGCUAAGAAGUUGGCUGGCAACAGGGUCUCUCUGUAUGCAUAUGAUAGAGAUGGAAAGCUACGCGGGCUUCGGGUAGGGGGACCAUCGACUCUUUCUUUAGGUUCUGGUGAUUUCCCAGUCGGCCUGGAUUGCGAGUUUGUCAAAGUGAGCAAUGGCAUUUCAAAGGGUAACUUUUAA